UCUCCACCACUUGGCUCGAGCCGAUAUGCUUCAGAAGGGCAGACUAACCAAGCAGAUACCAUUGGAGCUCUUCCAGAAAUUGAGAGUGUACAAUCUGUUAACAUAACAAUAAACGUUCCUGGUCCUCGUAGCGCCACGCGUAAAGGACUGAUGAGUUUUCCUAGCAGUUCAAGUGCAGCAGAAAGCACCUAUGAAUGGUAUGAAACACCCCGGGGAAGUUUCGCAUUGGAAUCUCAUCAUUCUUCAAAGCCAUCUGGACAUAUGGCCAGUGAUUCAUAUUCAGUUGCACUGUGUGACCAUUGCCACAUUUCUCCACCUAGAACUGCAGCUAAUAAUGCACCAGAAACCAUGAAUGCUGAGGAAGUUCUAGCAAGGAGCAAGGAAGAAAUUGAACAGAUUAGAAGGCAGUUUAAUAUGAUGGUACAGAAGUUUGAGCAGAAUAUGGUCUCCAAUGUUGAACUUCUUCUGAAGUACAAGCAAGAGAGAGAUGAUUUGGAGGUGAAGCUUGAUACUGCGCUUAGAGCAGCUGAGGGUAUGAGCAAAAAGUUAGACAAGGAAGCCUCAAGUUCUUCAUCUUCAGCUAAAUUCUAUGCAGAAUUCUCGUCGUUGGAAAUCAAAGAAGCAACUUCCAACUUUGAUCCAAGCUUGAAGAUUGGGAAUGGUGGUUAUGGAAGUGUUUAUAGAGGCAUGCUUUGCCAUACACCAGUGGCAAUAAAGAUUCUUAACCCUGAUAGCAUACAAGGUACCUCAGAGUUUCAACAAGAGGUCAAUAUACUGAGUAAGGUGAGGCACCCAAACCUGGUCACACUAAUCGGAGCCUGUCCAGAAACCUCAACGCUGGUCUAUGAAUAUCUCCCCAAUGGCAGCCUCGACGACCGCAUCAACGGCAAAGACAACACGCCACCACUGCCAUGGCAAACCCGAAUCCGCAUCGCAGCUGAGCUCCGCGCAGCUCUCAUAUUCCUCCACUCCUGGAACGGCCACGGCAUCGUCCACGGCGAUCUGAAACCCGCAAACGUCUUGCUCGACUCCAACUUCGCGACCAAACUAAGCGACUUUGGAAUCUGCCGCGUCCUCUCCGAAGAGGAACUCUCAGAUGACAAGUUUACGCGUCGUUGUAUAACCGACCCGAAAGGCACCAUAGUGUAUAUGGACCCUGUGUUCUUUGCGACGAGAGAGCUUACUCCCAAGUCUGAUGUAUACUCGUUUGGAAUCAUACUGUUGAGGUUGCUAACUGGGAAGCCUGCACUGGGAAUCAUAAAGGUAGUCCAGUGUGGGUUAUUGGAUAAAGGAAAGUUUAAAGAUGUUUUGGACCCGAGCGCUGGGAACUGGCCAUUGUUGCAGGCAGAACAGCUAGCUCGCUUGGCAUUGCGAUGCUGUGAGAUGAACCGCAGGGAGAGACCUGAACUUGAUUCAGAUGUGUGGAAGGUGCUUGACGGUUGAAAAAUGGUUCAUUGAGUUUGAGAUUUGUGUGUUGUUUUAUAUAUUGUAGUUUUGAAUGUAUAGUGUUUUGUUUGGAGUAUUAUUAGCCUUGGUGAG